AUGGCGGAAAAUAGUGAAAAUACUACUGGAAUUAAACGUAAACAACCCAAGAUGAAAAAAGAAACUGUGAUAAAAUUAAAGAAAGCUCAAGGAAAAGAACAUAUUAACCACAGAAAUAACCUAAUCAAGAAAAGAGUGGUUGGACCUGAUUGCAGGUGCAAAGUUUUGAAAUGUUAUACCAAAAUAAGUUCUCAAGAUAGAGAAAAUAUAAUACUUCAUUUCAAUAAGUUGGGCAACAAAAAUGAUCAAGAUGCUUACUUGAUGAGUCUGAUUUCAUCAUCAUAUCCCAAGAGGCAUACUACUGAAGCUCCACAAAAGUAUCGAAUGGCUUCUUAUUCAUUUAAAAUACGCGUUGGUGUAAAUGAAAUACCAGUAUGCCUGACGGCUUUUUGCAACAUUCAUGGGGUGACAAAAGGUCGCGUCCGAAGGCUUCAACAUCUGAUUUCAAUUAACAUUUUAACACCUAAGGAUAUGCGUGGAUCACACAAAAGUAACAGGUAUAAGAAAACACCUGAAGAAGUUCUAAACCUAGUCCGCAAUCACAUUGAGUCAUUUAAAACCAUGCAAUCACAUUAUUCCCUGAGACAAGACCCUAACUGCCGAUAUUUGCCUGAAAAUUUAACUGUUUUAAAAAUGUUUAAUAUGUUUCUGAAUAGCUAUCAAAUAAGAGUUACUUAUAUGGUGUAUUGGUUAGUUUUUAAAAAUUAA